GUAAAUUUGACUGUUCCAUAUUCCUAUCUUGCAGUGUUAAUGUGAAAUUUAUUGAUCAAAAUGGUGAAACUAAAUCAAUCCAAGGAAAGCUUGGGGAUAAUGUCAUGUAUCUAGCACAUCGUCAUAAUGUGGAAAUUGAAGGUACCAGUCAGGGGUCCAGACCUUCCAUGUCUUAUGCAUAUAGCCUGCGUAGCUGGCGGUUUUAAGGGUUGGGGUUGAGGCGCGGGCAACGAAAAUUAGGGAGGCGAGGCGCGGGAAGGGAAAAAUGCAGGCGAGAAAAACCGCCUGCCGCAAAACCAGGUGUAAAUGAAUUAUCCCGUUCACCAGUGAACGGAAAAAACUGAUUGGCUAGUAUUUUUAUGUAGUUGUCAAUCAACGGUUAAAUCGGUUAAAUGUUAAUCGUUAACCAAAUGUUUUGACGUUUUGAAAUUAACUCGCAAGUCAGACCAGAAAUGGAAUACCAUAUUAAAUAAAUAAAAGAAGCAAACCUAAAGAUACAAGCUCAAAAAUAACACUCUAAAUAGUGUUUUUCAUAGCGAUUCGAACAAGAAUAUUUAUAAACGAAAAGGAUACGUCCGAAGAGGCCGAAAUUAUGAUCGGCGAAAGGUAUGGCAAGUCUAUAUUUUCGUUCCUACAAUUGCAUGCGUAUAAUUUGAUAAUAUACGAUCUCACUUGACUUUCAAAGGGCAUGAAUCGCGAUAAUGUUGAUAUUUUACUAAAACUGUCGAUAGAUAAUUGAGAUAUAUUUCUUCACUGAAUCAAACGGUGGGAUUUUCAUCUACUGAUCUACAUUGGCAGACAUAGACGUCUAGCAUGUUCCGAACCAAAGGCAAAGAUACUAUUAAAUUUAUGUAGUAAACUAAUAGAUACGAACCUCCAAAGUAACUAGGGGCCGGUUGGCAGUAAAUAACACUUUUAUAUAUCUCGUUGAAUAUGUAUAUCAAAACUUUUAGUUUGGUUGUUGAAUGGAUCUAUAGUAUAGACUUGCAUGCUUUGUAUUUUGAGUUUAACCACCGUUUAAGCUAAACGGGCUUGGUUUAACGGCUGCACAUAAAAUAGAUUCCUUGAUUCUAUCACUGUCUACACUUUGAAAAUGUCGAAGACGGCGGGAGAUUUUUUUAUUAUAUUUUAUAUUUAUCAAAUUUAUAUAUCAAUAAAUAAAUAAAUAAAUAAUAAAAAUAAAUAAAACAUUUAAUAUUUCUGUGAUUUCCGAAUGUGACAACGUAUCUCACGAACAAUGACAGAAUGACAGAGGUUCCUUUAAAUUAAAAUACAAUGAAAUUUCUUUCAAUAUUCUGUUUGAAAUUUUAAGUUUAAAAUGGCACUAAAAACCCAAUAUAAAAUAUAAAAAACUUAUAUAACUGUCUUGAAUUAUUUUGUCGGGCGGUACAUUUAUAUACAUAGUUAAUAUAAUGAGAGAUUUAUAUUGUAUGACGAAAUAUAAAACAUUUUCACGAGGCUCUUAAUAAAAUUCAGUCGGGCGGUGAUGAAUAUCAAGGAAUUUAUUUUAUGUUGGGACUUGGGCACAGAAAAGGAACUUGGGAGUGGCUUAUUUUGAAUAUUUACUUGAUUAAUGACAUUUAUAAAUAGCUUGAUGCUUCAGGGGCGGUAGUUCAUUUACACCCAGUUUUGCGGCAGGCGGUAUUUCCUAAAAACCGCCUGCCACGCAGGCUACAUGCAUACAGCAUGUGCAUUUGGCAGCUAUCUUGCGUUCACACACAUAACUGCAUUUUCUUUGCAAGAUUCCAUAAACAAGUCUUUAUGAUUGAUGUUCCUUCAAUGUUUUGUUCAAUUAAUUGCUACAAGAGAAUGUAUUUCUAGACCUUUUAUUUUGCAUUACCAGAAGUCAAAGAGUGCUAAAAUUUUAACAUUUAAUAUUUUCAAUCACAAUUUGUAUUUUUGUGAAUGAAUUUUAUGAUUGAAGUUUGACUGUUUGAUCUCAUUCAUUCAAACAGGAUUGGAAAUUGUGGAAAUUGUAUUUCAAUCUGUGGCUUGAUAUAUGAGCAUAUUGGGGUGGGUCAGCUAGGAGGGGGAAAGGGAUGUGCCAUAUUACUCAUUCUCACUCAUUUUUAAUUCACAAUCAAAGUUGGAAGACCUGGGGUCAAUAACUAUUUUGUUCCUGCAAAAUGUCUGGACACAUGAAAAUUGCAAAAUCAAAAAAUGAUAUGGACCAUGAAUUUCUAUAUACUAGCUGCGGCUGAAUCGUCUUCAUUCUUUGUGGCUGCAUUCUUUUUCCCCAAUAAAAUGAAUUACUGACAAUCAAUAUGUGCCCAACAACUGAGAGUUAGUAUUUUGACUUUUUAACUUUUUACAUCAAUGACUUUGAAACUUCAAAUGAUUUAAACUGGAAUUGUCAUGAACAAUGAUGGACUGAAACCUAGUAGUUGUACUCUACAACUUGUAAGUUGCAUUUUUAAGUUAAGCAUCAUAAGAUUUUAAUGGCCUGAUAGUGAAAUGCAUAAUAAAAUAUAAAUUAUAAAAGAUAGUUUACUUUUUAUCUUUUCUUUCUAAAAGGUAUAGAAUUUAAGUGUGUGUGUGUGUGUGUGUGUGCAAGAAACAUGAUUUGAUUCUGAUGUCCUAUAUGAUUGUCUUUCCCAGCGGUCCUAAUUAAUUUUAUCUACCCCUGUUAAAAGUACAUGUAAACAUUUGAAUACAAUAGAACCCGUAUUACGAAGUUCUUUGUUGUUUGAUCAUCCUUUCCUUUUCACAGGAUCCUCAAAUAUUUCUUGGAAAUAUAUGGUUGUCAUUCUUAAUAGCCAGCCUACUUUAUAAUUGUUGUUAGAAAUUUUCACCAAUCCCCUUCUUCAGAGGUGUAAAUUUAAAUAUCGAGCUUCUGAUGCUUUCUCUUGUAUUGUUGUUUUCUAAAAUACUGGGGCCGGUUGUAUAAAACUCUUAAUCACUUUUUGAAUCACUAUUUUGUAGUUAACUUUAAUCACUUUUUUAUACAACCGGUCCCUGGGUAACUAUUUUGCAAGUCUCUUACCUCUCCCUGGGGGAACGAUAGUUUUAUGUUAGUUUUGCAAUAUUGAUUUAUAUUUUCUGUUUAGGUGCUUGUGAAGCCUCCUUGGCGUGUUCAACAUGCCAUGUCUACGUGAAACAAGAGUAUUUUGAUAUUUUACCUGAACCUGAAGAAGGGUAUGACUUUUCAAAUCAUAAGUUAUAAUCUAAGGCCGUUGAGGCCGACUCACGGAUGAGAUCCAAUGAAAGUGACAGAAAGUUUGCAGUUGUUUUUGCGAACGGGCACCAUGCGAAUUUUGCCAUUUGCCGUGCUUCUUUUGCCAAAUCAAAAGAAAGAACGCGUGCUCGCUCCAGCCCGAUUUCCGAGUCUGAAAGGACCGAUUCGCAGGCAAACAGUGCGCGCAAAUCAGACUGGUCAUUUCCCAUUGUUGAAUUGCCCCACACUCAAGUAACCACAAAGACACAUGCAGAUGUUGCUUCGCAACAUCCGUGAGUCAAAAAGUAGAAAUCAAGGGCCGUUGAGGCCGAGUCAGGAUGAGAUCAAAUGAAAGUGACAGAAAGAAUUAGAACAGUUUGCAGUUGUUUUUGCAAACGGGCACCAAUUUGCAGGCAAACAGUGCGCGCAAAGCAGGCUGGUCAUUUCUCAUUGUUCGACUGGCCCACACUCAAGUAACCACGGAGACUCACAUGUUGCUCCGCAACAUCCGUGAGUCAAAAAGUAGAAGAAGCAGGCCUAGAAUUAUCCAGUAACUUAAACUGAUGCGUAAGACAGCUAAAUAUCGAUUUUAUAUAUCGAUACUUGCAAUAAUUAAUUAUAAGGUAACACUUUCGUUAUCAUUUCAGAGAGGAGGAUAUGUUAGAUUUGGCACCAUUUUUACAAGAAAAUUCAAGACUAAGUAAGUUAUAUGUCAAUUAGUGAUUUACUUUCAAGCCUCGACAUAUCCACUGAUGACAAUUGAUCUGUGAUUAGUAAUUAGAUUGUCUAGAAAAUUUGUUCAAUUACCAGACAAACAUAACCAACGAACAGAUUUUUACAUAAAAAGUAACGCGCAAUAUUGACUUGAGUAAAACAUUCCUCUAAUUCCAUUGGGAAACUUGUACAGACCUCUCCUGUCGGACCAGGCACUCUGGGCAGAACUUCACGCGUUUUCAUCUUUGUCUGUAAUUCAAACGGAUAGUACGAUAAACUACGGUACGAACGAACGAGAAGUAGGAACCUGAUUGUAGGACGAGUAGAAUUCAUUAACACAAUGAAAGGAAAACUUACUGUAUUGCGUAGAAGACGCAAAAGUAUAUAAAUAUAUUUUGCACAUGCAACAGCCCCAACAAUAUUUUAUUUUGUAGUUCAGUAUUUAUCAUCGCAGCUGUUAAAUUAAGCUUAGUCAUCAUAUAUUAGUUAUAUUAUAUUGCAUUAUUGGUGAAAUCUUUAGGUUGUCAAAUUAUUUUAACAAAAGAAAUGGAUGGAAUCGAAGUCAUGUUACCGAAGGCUACAAGAAACUUUUACGUUGACGGUCAUAUCCCGCAACCUCACUGAUUUUAUAGAGUAUUUUCUUGGUUAUAUAGGCCUACCUCAGGCGCAAAACAAAUCCAUAUAAUAUAUAUAGAUAUAUACAGUAUGAAUGUAGUAAAUCAUUUAUUUAAAUUACAAUUGUAUAUUUAUAAUUUUGUGCAUCUUACUUCACAAAAUCCAGUGUAUGUCCUGCUUGGAUAUUUACUAGUUAGACCAACUGAAAAUUUUUGUGAACAAUAUAAUAAUAUACAUAGAUAGAUAUAGUUAUAGAUAAGAAACAGCGCGUUUUAGUAUUGACCAGAUUAAGUCGAAAUCUUGUUUUGUUUUCUUUUAAUUUCCAAAUAUAUUUCGAAAGUUCUGUAUCGUUUGAAUAUAUUGAACACUUUUUGUAAUUCAAAGACCUAUUGUGGUUUCAGUAUCGCUCUUUAAAGGUGGUUUAUGUCAUGCCGAUGUAGUGUUUUAUGCUGUUUGUGUUGCUUGUGACAGUUUCCUGUAGUGGGCAUGCGUUCCUACAUUUUACAACUGCAAC